UUCCCCUCCGUCAAGUCAUUCUGAUGCCUUUACCACAGAUCAGAGACAAAGCGACAAGCACCACAGCUGUUUCACUCUGAGUAAUAAACUGAGGUUUGUCACCAGAGGCAGUUCAGGUCUUAAUGUCUGCUUCCAGAUUUGACCGUGUGAGGGAAAUGCCUCUCUAUGACCAGGUCCCAGUGAGCCCUGUAUGGAGGGACACUGAACUGCCCCCACCCCAACAUGUGAUCGUACCAGCAGGCAGCUUAGACCCCCUUCCCCCUCCUCCUCUACCUGAGCAGCCAGCUGUGGGGCCUGAAUGUAUCUACCCCUCCAACGAUGAGGAACCAGCUGAGGGGGACUGUGACGCGAUGGACAUCAAGCCAGUUCAUCGUUUUAUUCCCGACUCUAUCAAAAACUUUUUCCGGGGCAACAGUGGGAACCGGGGCAGCAAGGGUGGGCCCAUUUCCUUUUCUGCUCAACCUCAGUCCACUGUCCCAUCAAUCAGUAAGAGUACCACCUGCCACACCACAACAGGAGUUCCCUGCUCACCUCCCCCCUCUGCCCCUCCCUCUCCUUCACUUCCUGGCCCCUUUCGGGACCCUUAUUGGGGGUCAGAGGGGGGUUACACCUCCCAGAAGGAGCGAGAUGGACUGUUGCUGGGAGCUGAAGCUAUGGAUUUGGCUUCUGCAGUGCCCAGUAAUCUCUCAGCUCAGACCUAUCAGGAGCGGGUGGAGGAGUACCAUCAGCGCUAUGCCUACAUGAAGUCUUGGGCUGGCCUUCUCAGGAUCCUGGGUUGUGUGCAGUUGCUACUUGGAGCUGCUGUGUUUGCAUGUGUCUGUGCUUACGUUCACAAGGAUAAUGAAUGGUUUAAUAUGUAUGGCUACUCCCAGCCACAGAUGUAUGGAGGACUUGGUGGAGGUGCUGCAGCGUUUGGAUAUGGCAAUACCUAUACAGGUCCCAAGACACCUUUUGUCCUUGUAGUGGCUGGGCUAGCAUGGAUAGUGACUGUCAUUUUGCUCGUUCUUGGGAUGACACUGUACUACAGAGCCAUUCUUCUGGAUUCUUCUUGGUGGCCACUAACGGAGUGUUCUAUCAACCUGGUAUUGGCUGUGCUCUAUAUGGCAGCGGGGAUAGUUUAUGUACGGGACACAACCAGAGGAGGACUAUGCUACAUGCCCGUUUUCAAUAAUGGAAUAAAUGGCGCAUUUUGUCGCACAGAGGCUGGCCAGACAGCAGCCAUUAUCUUUCUUUUCCUCACCAUGGUGCUCUACUUCAUCAGUGCAGGAGUUUGUCUGAAGCUGUGGAGGCACGAAGCAGCUAGGAUGAGAAAGGAGGCGCUGGCACAGGAGAUGAAAACCAUUGGAUCAUCAGUCCCACUGUCUGUACUGGAUUCAGCCACAGGAGCCUCAGAGGCAACUCCUCUUCCCACCAUUCAGCCCGACAUCAUGAAGGCUGCUCCUCUCAUGGCAACAGAACCAGAGCUUCUUCGAGGUCACAUACCAGCUGGCUAUAUCCCCAAACCUGUUAUCAUAGCAGACUAUGUUGCAAAGUAUCCUAGCAUCCAAUCAGAUGAGGAGAGGGACCAGUACAAGGCUGUCUUCAAUGACCAGUAUGCUGAAUACAAGGAGCUGCAUGCUGAGGUCCAGGCCAUGGCUAAGAGGUUCAAAGAGAUGGAUGAGAUGAUGCAGAACCUCCCCUCGAGGCCCUCAAGUGAAAUGGAGAAAGAACGGAUUAGUAGCAUUUUAACGGAAUAUCAAAGGAAGAAAGCUGACCCAACAUAUACAGAAAAAAGGGAGCGUUGUGAGUACCUAAAAAACAAACUGUCACACAUCAAGGAGAAGAUUCACGAGUAUAACAACACCACCUAGAAUUUUGUGUUGCAUAAAACCAAGCUAGCAUGAAAGCGAGCACAUACAGUUAGUCACAGUAACAAGCACAGGCGCAGUGAACACACGUCCAACCCAGCCUUCUCCUAUUAUCAAGAAAACAAGGAUCUUCACUUCUAUCGCUGGACUUCUCCGCCAGGUGUGAUGAAGAUACUUUGCAUCAUCAUCAUCAUCAUGUGUGUGGCUGUCUUUGCCUGUGUGGCUUCAACUCUGGCGUGGGACUACGACAUGGGCAUCAUGGGAGGUGGAGGUGGCCUAAUGCCCGGUUUAGGCAGUAGUUACGGCAACACCUAUGGUGGCAGUAUUGGCAGCGGUUCUGGUGGCUAUGGCUACGGAGGAACACAAAUGGAUCCCAAAUCUGGCAAAGGCUUUAUGAUUGCUAUUGCUGGCAUUACUUUCAUAGCCACGCUAGUCAUAUUUAUCUUGGUGAUUUCGAGGCAAAAUACUUCCCGUUCUUCAAAGUUCUACCUGGCAUCCAUUAUCAUCUGUGCCAUUUUAGCAUUUCUGAUGCUUAUUUCCACCAUCGUCUACCUGGUGUCAGUGAACCCAACAGCACAAACCUCUGGGUCUGUAUUAUACAACCAGAUGAUCCAGUUAUGUGCACAAUACCAGACACAGAACCAGGCCCAGGGUAUCUUUAUCAACCAGUACCUUUACCAUUACUGUGUGGUGGAGCCCCAAGAGGCCAUAGCAGUUGUCAUGGGCUUCCUGGUGUUUGUUGCCCUCAUCAUCUUACUGGUGUUUGCUGUGAAGACUCGCUCGCUGAUCCAACGUUGGGGCCCUGACCGAAUUCUCUGGGAGGAAGUGAAGGCUACCUCUGGGCUCCACAACAGUGUGGGAGAGUGGGUGAACAAGGUGUCAGGGGAGCCAGAUGUGUUUGUGAAUGACCCUAAUGAUAGAAUUGGGGGUUCAAGAGACUAUCUGGACAAGCUGGACCACAAGAAGCCACUGUACCUACCAGGAGACUCCGACAUAAGCAGCUUUGUGGAAAGCUCCAAGCCAAGGCUGAAGGAAUAUGAUGCUGGCUUUGAGUCUGGAGAUGACUUGGAGGAAGACAAUUUCAGUGUUUUGUUUCCAUCCAUUAUGAAUGAGCAUGAGCGUCUAACCUACAAAAAAGAGUUUGACCGGGACCAUCUUGAGUACAAGAGCCUGCAAGCUGAAUUGGAUGUCAUAAACCAGGACCUGGCUGACCUGGAAGGAUACCUGGACAGGCACCCUGAGAGGAGCCCCCAGUUCCUGGAUGCCCUAAAUGAAUACACACGAGUCAAAAACUUCAAGAAGUCCCCAGAUUACCAGACGAAGAAGAGGAGGUGCAAAUAUUUGAAAUCCAAACUGUCGCACAUCAAGACCAAGAUCAGUGAAUAUGACCGCCGACCCUGAACCUUCUGCUGUGACUUUAUUUGAAGCAUAUUAACUAAUACCUGUAAAAAGGAUUUCUUUACCAAGUCUUUGUAUUCUCGUAUGACUAAAUAGUGGAUUGUUUUGUAUUUUAGAAUGAGGAAUAUUUUCUAAGUGCAGUUGCUGUGUAUAAAAUCCACUGUAUUUAGCUUUUAAUCUGGAUUUUCACAAUGAGUUAUUUUAUGGAUUUUAAUAGAAUCUUCCUUCCUUUAUAACAAGUUAAAGCAGGUCUCACGGUUGUGUGUAUAAAGUAAAGUCUUGAGGCAUGAACAUAUUGUUAUUGUUGUACCUAUCAUGUGAAUCUUUUGAAUUUGAGAUGGUUUCCUGUAGAUUUUUUGGUGUGUUUUUUUUAACAGUAUUUUCUUUCAGCAUAUGUUAAUGAUGGAGCAGCAGCUUUCUGGACAAAGAAAAGUUAAAGUGAAACUUGGUGAUUAUUGAUGUAACUGUCCUAUCAAGUGUUUUCCUUGCUGUAAUAAAAACAAUGACAUGGUA